CUUCGGUCAUUCUGAGUGAAUCUGUUUUGAAAGAAGUUGAAUUCAUGUAAAGUUGGAAUAAAUUGGAUUAUAUUCAGGAUCGAUGAUCAAUAAUCGGUCCAAAAGUGCCAGCAAGUAUUAUAGUAGGGCAUGAAGACGGUUGUGUUGCCACCUAGUCGUUGGAAAUGGGCUGCGUGAGCACCAAAUUGGUGCCCGAAACACCUCCGAACACUGGACAAGUCGUGAAAACUGUCUAUCCUCACGGACAUGAACCAGAAAAGGGGAAAACAACUUCCAACAAACAUCACCCUCAUCGUAGGAAGAAUGAUCACAACAACGAGGUACAGAGACCACCGAAGAAGGUGGCCAAAUACAAGGCGAAGUUCGACCCUAGAGUGACAGCUAAAUAUGAUAUCAAGGCAUUGAUAGGGAGGGGAAGCUUCAGUAGGGUAGUAAGGGUCGAACACCGCAUCACAAAACAACCCUACGCUAUUAAGAUGAUAGAUCGUAUGCUUGGUAAAGAGGUAUUCGAGUCAGAGCUUAGUGUACUACGCAGAGUUAAACACAUGUACAUCAUUCAACUUAUUGAAGUGUUUGAGAGCAGAGACAAAGUUUAUAUGGUCAUGGAACUGGCCACAGGCGGGGAACUGUUUGAUCGCAUAAUUGCCAAAGGAAGUUUCACAGAACGGGAUGCGACCCGUGUACUUCGAAUGGUCCUCGAUGGCCUACGCUAUCUCCAUAGUUUAGGAAUCUCACACCGGGAUCUAAAACCGGAAAACCUGCUAUAUUACCAUCCGGGUUCAGACUCUAAAAUAAUGAUCACAGACUUCGGACUUAGUUCCACGCGUCCAGCUGGUGAUGGCAUGAUGCGUACAACCUGUGGGACGCCAGAAUAUAUUGCCCCAGAGAUUUUGGCGCGCAAGCCAUAUACUUGUGCAGUAGACUUAUGGGCAGUAGGAGUUAUCACAUACAUAUUGUUGAGUGGUACCAUGCCGUUUGAUGAUGAGAAUAGAACGCGAUUAUACAGGAUGAUACUCAAAGCAAAGUAUAGCUAUGUGGGAGAGCACUGGAAAGAUGUAUCAACACUGGCCAAAGAUUUUAUGGACAAACUUCUAAUAGUAGAUCCUAGUGAUCGUAUGAACUCAUCCCAGGCCCUCAAGCACCCCUGGGUGACAACUCUAGCUGCAUCAUCUAGUAAUAAGAAUCUUCACCGCACAAUCAGCCAGAAUCUGCUACACAGACAAUCAACAAGGGCCAAUAGCACAAAAAGCGCCAAAUCAACAAAAUCGAACAAAAGCAACAAAUCCAAUAAAUCUGCUCGAUCAUUACGGUCAGAGCAUCGCCGUGUCAUGCCUGAGGAGAUUGAAGAGCUCCACCGUGAUCCAGAGGUCCAGGCUGAGUUGUCUUCACUUCACUCCUCACAUCACUCAUGAUCAACAUGGGGUUGUUAUCAUCUACAUGGGGUGACUCAUGAAAUAUUUGUUGGUGGUUAAAACAAUAUGGCUGCUGAUGCUUUAGUUGCUGGGUGACAAUGGUUGCCAAAUAACACUGGUUGCUAGGUGACAAUAGUUUCUGAGUAACAUUGUAGUUACUAAGUUCUACUUUUUACCACACAUAAUAAUGGCAACAAGAUGACUAUAUUUGCCAGUUAACUAUAUGUAAAACCAAAGCAUUGCAAGCAAUACCCUAAAUAACUGAUUAGUUUAUUCAGAAACGAAUCAGUUUAUGUGCUAGAGACAAGUCAGUUUAUGUGCUAGAGACAAGUCUAUUAUGUUCUAGUCAUUGUGCUGACUAUAAAAGGAUGAAGGAUCAGCAAAUAUGAGCAUUGAUAGAAAUAACCAUUGAUCGAUUGCGAAAUGAAACGGUGUGUAACCAAGCAACAGCAGGUUACCAUAGUGAUGCAGCUUUAUUCCCACUGGAGGGAAGUCUGAUCUUAGUCAUGCACAUUUUGUAUAAGACAUUGACACCAGUUGUCAU